AUGGAGAAACCCACGGAACACGACAACGAUGGUCAGAUAAAGUACCAUGAGACAAGAUCGUGUGCUUGUGGCAAAUCUACGUUUAAUACGAACAACUUGUUAUGUUUUUCUUUUGUGAUUAAUAUUGUAUUUGUUGUACUCUUUGUGCUUGUAUUUAUCCAACUGGAGAACGUACAAUCGCGUUUGGCGAGACUCGAAUCGCCUGCGAGUAGAAAUGAUCCAAGCAAAGUUAUUGCUUCAGAGGGUUCAACUGUGCUUCAAGGAGAGAACUCGACUCCGUUUACUAUAAUCAAAGCAAAUGUUACCAGUUCGCCGGGUCUUCUCAAGGUACGUGCAAUUUCUCAUUGCUAAUGUUAGUAUAAGUAACUUAUGUAAAAAGCUUGAUAUAAGUGAUGGGACAUUUUUUUUUUUGAGCGUCCGCUUUGCGCGACCCGUGGUGUGCGAUUACCCUCUUAUCGCACACAUUUUGACGUUUGUAAUCGGAGUAAUGCUCACUUGAAAAAUAUAUUUUUUUGCGCGAUUUACAGACCAUGCCUGUGGUAUCACAUAUUUCACGGAGAAGUACGUCGCCGACGGAGCCUCCAAAGAAAAAAGUUCCCAAACAUUAUAGAGACUACGUACAACAUUACGUUAGACGGCAGGUAAAGAAGGAUGGUGGGAUUUUGAAGGAGGCGAUAAAAAUUGAAGUCAAGCUUCAAUCGAUCGGUCCUAAUGGACGAUCCGCGGACUGCCAAUGCAAAGGUAAGAUUUAAGUCUGUAAAUUUUUGAGGGUUAAAAUCUUCAAAUCCUGUUUCACUCAGUUCCCUCGUUGCGACAUCUGGUUCGCAGUGUCACCUCCGCGUGUCCGUCGAUAGAAUAUUUCUUACUCUAUGCGUGAAAGAAUAUUCCUCAAUGAAUGAAUGAAAUAUUCCGUGUUUAUCGCUUUCGGUUUUCAUUCAUUUCUCUGCAUACAUCAAUGAUAUGAAUCGCGAUAGUCGACAUAGUAAUUGUGUAAAUUAUCCAAUAAUAUUUGUCAGCCGGGUUGAGAGAGUAAACUAGCAUAGUACUUAGCGAAAUUAACUUAGUCAAGCGACUGCGAAAUAUUCACUGGGGUUGAUUGAAGUCGUCUUUACAGUAAAAUUAUUCCACGCUGGUUGUUAUAGCCCUGUCUUUUAUUUACUAUGGAACUAGCGAAGUAGAACCGAAAGCCAUUGAAUUGCAUAUUAUGGUACAUUGUGAAUAGCGACCACCGAACGCCCCAUCCAUUCAUUUUAAGAAGGUUUGCAUCCAAUGAUAACGUACUAUCGUCUAAUUUUCCAAAAAAAGUUUUCCUUGCGGUGCAACUAUGCUUAAAACGUCGGGUAAACAUAACACACACCGGAGAACUGAGUGUUUUGGGACGAAAUCAGAUUAAAAAUCUAAACAUUACGUGCGCACUCUGCUCUGCAGAUCUGGCUAUCAAUCUGCAAUAUAAGAACGUGGAGUCGAAUAAAGCUCAAAUUUGCUUUUUGCUGGAUGCGGCAAAAAUAAACAGUUGUUGCAUAAGGAGGUAUUUGAAUCCUUAGAGCUCACUAGUUCGUGGCGAUUUCAAGUUAAGUUGAUUCUAGUCUAAAAGCAUAUGCACAACACUCACUGUCAGAGACAUUUUCGCUGGUUACGUUGGCAAAUAGUCUCCUUGUUCACAUUUCCUGCAGCAAACGUUGAAGUCAUUGGAAGCCGAUUUAAUUGACAACAAUUGUCAUAACACGCACUUUCCAUUUCCUGUUAGAAGUGUAUAUUGUCCUUCGACUGAUUUGUUUGGUGGCUUUCUUUCUUUUCGAAAAAUACAUUCAAGAAGCAGCGUUUGUACUUAGUUGAACACUGAAUGCGCUAAAUCGGAUUCCUUUCGUAAACGCCUUCUCUCCUCCCUCAUACCUCCUUUCAAUCACUUUACUCGGAUGACAGCUGGCAUUUUUAUAAACUUGAAGCGUUUUAUUAAGCGUAGAUUUCAAUCAUUUUAUUAUCUUAAAAUCACUUCAUUUAGAUUCAGUUGAAGAUAAUGAGUUUAAUUGUUGGUUGCAGAACAAAAAAACUGUAUUAAAAUGUAAUGUGGCUGUUUAAUAUUUAAUCUGACUGAAAGAAAAUUACACCAUAUGCAUAUUUUGAGUCAAGCUUAACUCUUUCAGAAUGUUUCCCGCAGUUGAGGAAUCAAUCUGUUUAUACAAUGUUACAUUGUGGUUUUUUUGGCGGGGGAGGGAGGGGGAUAUAUUUCCAAAGAGAAGAAAAAGUCACAUAAUGUUCAAAAUGACAAGACAAAAAGUAAAGAUCACUGACAAAAACUACCUUGAAAGCAUUUUGGCUCUGUUUUCCUGUUACCCGUGCAAUAAAUAAUUUUUUUUAAAGAUGUUACCAGGAGCCUAUAGGCUCCUGAUGUUACCAAAAAGGUUUUCACCUGCUCUGAUUUUGUUUCUCUGUUUUGCAUUUUGUAUACCCAAUUAUUUAUUUGCUUUAGUGAAAAAUGCCAUUUUAGGAUUGUUUGUGUUAACAAUGAGAGCUACAUAUAUGUUAUUAGACAUUUUUCAUUGCAGCAAACUUAAUUUUUUUUGUAUAAUACAUAUUUGUUUUUGUCAAAUUUUUUUUCUUAACAAUGAGACAUUAAUUCAAAUUGUACAAUUUUGCAUGCAUAAUUAGACUAAACAUUACAGUAGUUAUAGACUUUUAAGGCAAGUCUGUAUUGCCUGGCAGUUAAUUUUGUGGUAGUUAUCAUGAUGUAUAUUAGAUGUCUAUCACAUGUGUAUUAAUCAUCCAGGAGAAUUUCAAUAAUUUGAAAUCCCAAUAAUUCAAUCAUGUAUUUAAUCUGCUCAUUUGACCGAAAGGUAGUUCUUCAAUUGACAAGUCAGGUGAUGGUUGUAUAACUGCCCCUGCUAAUUUGGUUUUGUGAGAUUCUUGUAUGCUCUAAGUAUCUGACCUAGCAACUUAAGAUCCCUCUAAAUUUGGACUCUGACAUGUAGAAAGUAUAAAGAUAGAAUCCACCGGAAAUCAAGUAGUUUUAAUUUUCAGUCCAGACAAAACCUUGUACCAGAAUAAUUUAAGGAAUAUUGCAUUCCUUUUUACAUUUUUCAUGGGCUAAAGAUGUAGUAACACCAAAGAAAAUUUCUCACAAGAAUUGUGAUUACACAGGUAAAAUUCUGAAAAUUUCAUGUGUAAGAUGUAAUUUUGUGAAAUUUGACAUUCAUUUUCUUGGACUCCCAUAAGAAAUUUUUUUUGGUGUUACUACAGAUGAUUUAUUUCAUCUUAAGCCCUUUAAAAAUCUAGGAAGGAAUGCAAUUUGCUUUAAAUUAUUCUGGUACAAGAUUUCUGUCCACUGAAAAUCAAAAUUACCCAAUGUCCUUGUGGAUUCUGUCUUAAGUAUUACUCUCAAAGAAAAUACAACAUAUACAAGAGAUGUCUACAAAGGAUGACAGUCUAUUUUCUUUGGUUGUUUUCUAUAAAUUGGAGAGCUUCAAAUAAAGAAGAGGACAAGCUAUUUUUUCCUGCUUAAAGUAGUUAAUUUCUACCAGUAUAUUGCUGCAGUUAAAUGACAAGGAAAAACUCUGGAUUUUAAUUAUUUAUUUUAUUUUAUUUUUAUCUCUUUUGUAUUAUUCCCCUAAAAUAGUGUAGAUGUUAUAUAGGUAUUAGUAUUGUUGUUUGGAAAUUAUUUUGUUAGGGAGGGGAGGGGGGGGGAAUUGAUAUUCUCCUUACUCCUGGAACACGUAGUAGAUUAACUACUUCUUGUUUGUUCUUUUGUCCUAAACCAUGUCAAAAGGGUUGCAAGACACUUGUAAAAUGUAACAGAGUUCCAUAAAAUAUGUUUUUUUUCCCUUAUAGAAAAUUAAAAAAAAAACACUUUGCUGUUUUUUCAUUUGAAAUCAGCCGUGUCGGUCUGCUCAUUAUAUGAUAAUUUUGCAAUGUGUUUGUCUGGAGUAACAAAAGAAAGUAGUUAAUGAAUGCCACAAAAUUGUAAGUAAAGGUUAUCUUAAGAAAUGAUUAAACUACAGGUAUGUAGGUCCUGCUAGUCAAGUUUUUGUCAUUAUGUACGACAAAAGGCUGUUGUUAGAAAACCAUUCCUUUCUUUUGCUUAAUUGACUCCGGAACACUAAAAAGUCAUUCAUGCCUUGGAGUUAUAUUCAAACACCGUGUCUGUCUAAUUAUUAUUAAAAUGAACCAUUGCAAAGUUGUCUUGACUCUUUACAAACAGUUUAGGAAAAAAAGGAAAAAUUAUGUCAACAUCAACACAUAAAUAUAUAACAACUAGAAACUAGCAGUUUGUAGUUGUCAUAAAUGUAUACAGCUUUUUUAUGAAAAAUAAUGGUUAAUAUGCAUUUAAAUUAGAAAACUAUGACUAGGUUUUUUUGUUUCAAGUCUUUUGUAUAUCAAUCAUUACAAGCGUCAAAUGAAUUGCAACAGCUUAUCUUUUGGUUUAAAAUCAAACCUUGUUAGCAUCUCUGUAUUGGGACAGUUCCCAUGGCAAGGCUGUACUCUAAGGAAAAUUGAAGGGAGCCCAGUGCCCUGAAACUGUAAAAUCUAGGGUGCCCAGCAUAUGAUUUGUAUGAAAAAUCUAAGAUUUUCUAGUCGCCCGAGAGCAAAAGUUAGGCGCCAGGGGCCACCGGGCUCUGCUAGAGCACAGCCCUGCAUGGUCUGAGGGAUGUUAAGUUUUAUACAGUUCCUGUCUACCUUUAACAUCUAGAAGGGGCUAGAGAUGAAAUUUGACUAAGUUUCCUAAUUUCAUUUUGCAAAAUGCUGAAAACCAAGCAGUACCAUGUGAAAGUACUGCUGAAGAAAAUUUGUUUGAAUGGUAAAAAACACCAAAGGAUUUCACAUACAGACUCCCGAUCUAAAGUUAGAAGAAUGAUAAGUUAUAUGACUGCAUUGCUUAUCUUGGAAAGUGAAGUGGUUUAAGUGGACACAAAGCUCUGUCCCUUUUGUUUACACAGCAAUGAGGAUUGAGAGGAUUGACUGUAUUUUUGUAUACGUGGAUGCCUCCCAAAGAAUUUGUUUCGAAAUGUUUUGGCUAGCAAAUGACAUUUAAGUUUAAAUGCCCAAACGGUCUUUCAGUAGGAAAGUGAAAUCAGGAAGUUGUAUGUCAUAAUCUCAAAAAGAAGCGUACUAAAUUGGUACUUAGAAAUAUUUGACGUCGCGUUUUUUGUCGAUCUCUGACUCGUUGUUGCCAUUGUCAUUACACAAGUUAUAGACCAAUGCUGUUUUUGUAUUGUUUUCACAAUUGUUGAAAUUGACUAAAAAACCGUGAGGACAUUCUUUUACUUAUUUUCCCAUCCACUGUUCUUGCUGUACAUGAUUGUUUUGAUAUCUGUCACUUUUUAUACUAAACCUGACAAAACUACUAAGGAGCCUGAAUCCCCCAAGUGUUGUAGAAAAUUGUUUGAUGGUGGUUUCUUGGUUUUUGUGAAGAGGCAGCUGACCUUUUGGCUUACUUUUUCAAGUCUAAGUAUUGGAGUGAAAAAGAGCAGCAUUUUUUGUUGACAUUCUGCAUAAUAAAAUUAGAACUCAAGCUUAUUUCAAGUAUUAUGUACCUUGUUACAUGUUUAUAUCACAAAAUGAUGUUCACAUUUAGCUCUAAACCACAGCAAAUUGUUAUUUAAUAACCGAGAACGUAUUCAGGAAGUAUGAGUCAUAAUGUUAUAUAUAAUUUAGAGACAAAACAUUUUUAUGCUUUGUCUAUGAAUAAGUGUUGAAAAGACUAGAUCACUUCCUGGCUUUGUUAUUAAAAUAUUGGUUGUCUUGCAUUAUUAGAAUAAUAUGAUUUUAAAAUAUAUUUUAGUCAGCUGGUUGAAAGGGUUUUUAUAUUGGUUGAUUUAUUUUAGUGUUUCAUCAGUUCAGUAUUGUGUGUUAACCUAGUGACCAACAUCAAUUUUCUCCUAACAAUGUCCAUAGUUUUUACAUAGUCAAGAGAUAAGGUUAUGAGAAUUAACAACAUGAUCACCCAAGAGAAAAUGCCUUGAUCUUUUGUUUAAUUCUAAAAGGAAAUGUGUAGGAGGGGGGCAUUGGGAUUUUCAGUUUUGCGGUUUUGGCUGUUUUUUAGAUCGGUUUUUCAGUUUUUGUUGCAAAAGACUUCGGUUUUUCGGUUUUGGUGGUCAUUGCGGUUUGCGGAUUUUUCGUUUUUUAGCAUCUGGUUUUCGGUUUUCGUGAAAAAUACUAGCGGUUUUUCGGUUUUGGUACCCGAUGUGGUUUUUGGUUUUUCUUAUUUUGUCCUAUUUUGGGUUGCGGUUUCUGUUCGAUCUGAGCAGCACUUAAUCUCGAAUAGCCGCGAAACGCCAAAGUUAUUUAGAGGAAUGCGUGACAAAAUAAAUGUCAUGGUGGAUCAAGCGUCUCCCUUGACGCCCGGCGAGCCUUUGACCUCGCAGACCAGAGCGACCAUUUGGUCAGUUUGCGAGCUAUGGCUUCCAACGUGCCUCCCGUGCCAGCAACGGAAGAAGUAAUUGUGGAUUGUGUUGCGUUUUUUUUACGAGGGGGGGAGUUAUCAAAUGGUAGUGUUCAAUUAGAGAUUUUCGAUUGAAGUUUCCAGAGCUAUAGCUUUUUGAGACUGCAAAAUUGCAUUUUAAAAGAGGACUUGUGUGCAAAUUCUCCUAAGUUAACUAGGCUCCAUAACUAGCAGCUUUUCCAGAGAACCGCCGAAACAAAGCCUAUGAUUUAAGCAGACGCAAAAAGAUACGAAGGCUUCAGACAAAGUCCAUGACAUUCACAAAUACUUUGGUGAAAUUAGUGUUAGUUUCGUUUGCUCUGUAUGCCCCACUUGUCACCAUUGUAUCGGUUUUUGACGGUUUUGUAUGCGGUUUUCGGUUUUGGCCGAAUUUUUUUGCGGUUUUGCGGUUUUGGAUGAUUUUUUUCUUCGGUUUUGCGGUUUCUAAUAUACCCCAAUGCCCCCCUCGUGUAGAGAUCAGUUUGGAGAAUUUGAAUACAGGUGGAUAUUGGGGCUUUAAGGGUGAAUAAAGAGUGCAAUCGCCAAGUGACUAAAUAAAAGAGAUUGAAAAGACACUGAGCAAUACCUGCACCAUGGCACAAAAGUGAACCAGCUAUGGUUUCCGCAACGUCAUGAAACAUCCAUAAAAACGUAUUGUGUAUCUUUUCACAUAGCAGGACAGUGUAGAUUGUAUUCCGAAGUCUUUAAAAGUUCUUUUAACAUUUAGGUCUUCGUUCAAAAUCCUGUAGACCCUUCAAAUAAAACUGCGUUGGCAGUAAUUUCACAUUGUACUUACUGUCAAGGUACCAUGUGAACACAACACUUAACACACUGAGGCCAGCAGUGUGCUCAUUUUUACACCUGCUCUCUAUCAGUGCUCCUUUUUGCCGGUAUUUGUAGCUACUCAAAGCUACCCGGGAAGGAAAGAAGUCAAAACUAGUUUUUGAGACCAUAGUUGGGAACUGAGCUGAAAACCUCCUACACAGAAGGCUACAAACUUACCAACUGUGGUAAUCCUUGUCCCCAAAUAAUUGUUGAAUUGUUGCUUAAUUUUAACUUUUGCUUUUAACAUUUUCUGUUAUUUCCAUUGUUUGGUCUCUGAUUGUUGGAAUUUAUUGUGUCAAGAAGUAGGGUCUCGAGUCUUUCUUCCCUUGGCGUUAUCUGUACAAGAUAGACGGCCUCAGCCGUGAAUGUCCAAAUUAGGGAGAUCCAAUGCCUGGCACCAGUUUUGAGACCCAACAGUGUGAGUUAUGGCAUAAGGUGCUUCUUUAAAAACAUCUGUCACUUGUUCCUAUGACUUGUAAACCUGAUCAGGAGGCAGACCAGGGGUGCUUACCAUUUGACAGAAAAAAACAGAAAUUCCGAAUGGACGGUAAAUGGUAAGGUCGCUUUUCGGAAAUUCCAGCUGAAAAUUGAGGAUUAUGUCUUGAGGUUGUCUGUUCAUUCUGGUUUGCACAAACCAAACGGAAAUGUUGCUUACCAUUAAUUUACCAAUUUUUUUGGUUCCUGCUUGGUUCCACACUCAUGGUGCAAAAAUUCGCGCCUUGUUGGAUUCAAACCAUAACGGAUGUGCUAAUCGCUUACCAUUAUGGUUUUGACACCCCAACCAGAUUUUUCUAUCAAAAGGUAAGCGCCCCAGGUACUCCACCCUACCCACAGGAAGAAAUGAAAUUCUUAACAUUAACAUUUUCCACUUGUGGCCAUGCAAAAAGUGAGGAAAAGUGGAGCCUUACUUUAAGAAAGAUACAUGUUUGGUUACUUGAAUGAAAACAAAAGGGUUUCAAAAGAACCUGGUGGGUGCUUUGUCUGUGAGGUUGGGGGUGAACCACAGAAAGUUAGUUUUAUCAACAGAGUCAAAAAAGUCAACUUGCUACCUUACAUAGAUUCAACAGCUGAUGUUUUAAGCAUUCAUUUGAAAUGCAGGCCAUAGUUAAAAACAAUCUGUGGAUCUUAAGAUCUGUUUAAAUUGGUUUAUUUUUGAGUAUACAUAGAUGAAUGGGCAUGUAUUUUUAGUAUCUGCUCCAUAACAAAUUUCUCUUGCCACUGUCCACAAGAAACUAUGGCGUGGCCAAAUUGAAAGUGGCUGAAAGGUUGGUUGACUGUUCAAAGAUGGUCUUAGAAUGUUACUUUCUGCCAUUGCUGCACUUGAUCACUUAGUUUGGCUAAAAGUCCUCCUUUAAUGAGUGAAACUUCUGGUGUUAAAAAAGGAAAAUUUGUCAGAAACCAACUUUUCUUCUUCACACAUGCCCUUUGCAUGGCUUUUAUGUAAAUUAUAUUCACAUUAUUGACAGUAAUUAUAACAAUGGGGAAAUUUUGUUAAGCAAAGAAUUUCGUCUGCAAAAUAGCCUUCUCUGACAUAGAAAUCCAUACGUGCAGAACAGUUGCUCAACUUGUUUAUUUUUGGUCGGAUGAACAAAUCACGCAAGUGAAUGAUCAGUCCAAUGAAAUAUACUGAGCAGUGUUAUUCAGGAUGAACUUUCUGGUGAGGCACAGAUCACACUAUCUAGCCUUCUCACUCAACACAGUUGUCAACAUCCUCUUGAUAUGUAUUCGACAAAGUGUGUAAUGUCUUUUAUGGGUUCCAUAUGAUGUAAAACCAGUCAAAUCCAAUUUUCUUUCAGAGGGCAGAGUUGUGGGGUGGAAAGAUCUCUUUUCCUUUGCUUUGCAGUUGCAUAACUUUCUGUCAAAGAAGGUGAAUUUUGACUUGGUCUGUAUCAUGUAGAACUUGUAACAGUUCCCAAAAAGUUGUCAAUGACUUAAGUUUUUGUCAAGGAUAUAAACUGCAUUUGUCUUUGAGAAAACUGUGCAAAAAAAAUAAUAAAGGUACUUUCCUAUGGCUGUUUCCUUUCUUUCACCUUUAGCCAAAGAACUUCAGUUUUUUGGAAGGCGCAAAAGAGAAAAAGAUGAUUACGACGGAAUCCACCAGGACAUUGAGUAAUUUUGAUUUUCAGUGGUCAAAAAUCUUGUUCCAGAAUAAUUUAAAGCAUAUUGCAUUCUUUGGUACAUUUUUUAAGGGCUAAAGAUGUAAUAAAAUAAUCAUGUAUACUAACACCAAAAAAAAUUCUCAUGUGAACCCAAGAAAAUGAAUGUAAGAUUUCACAAAGUUAUCAUCUUACACAUGAAAUUUUCAGAGUUUUGCCUAUGUAAUCACAAUUCUUGUGAAAUUUAAAUUUUCAUUUUGUUGGACUUCCAUGUGAAAUUUUCUUUGGUGUUACUACAGAUGAUUUAUUACAUCUUUAGCCCUUGGAAAAUGUAGAAAAGAAUGCAAAAUUCUGUAAUAUUAUUAUUAUUAUUAUUAUUAUUAUUAUUAUUUUCUGUCCACUUUAAAUUUACUUUACUCAAUUUCCUAGUGGAUUCCAUCUUCAUUUCUAGUCAGGUAACUGAAGAAUAAUGAAAAUUAAUUUUUGACAUUCCUGAGAGCAAUGAAUUAGUGGAACAUAUGAAAAUAUUUAAUAAAAAAUAAUUAAUUGGAUUAGCUGCCGAAAGGUGAUGCUUGUGAGGAAGUUAUUUUCAACUCUUGUUGACAGCAAAGAAGGGGGUUUAGCUUUUUUGUGUUUGGAUUAUAAAAUUAUACUUAUUGUAGCAGUUGAAUUAUAAAAUUAUAUUUAUUGUAGCAGUUGAAAAUCCAAGUGUGUACUUUCCUUAUUUAUAAUGUGUUAUGUUAAUAAGCAUUAAAGGAUUCCCUUUCUCGUUAUUGGCUUAAAACCUACUUAACUCAAUUAGAGGUAUUAUAAAUUGAGACACAUCCUUGUAAUUUAAUUGAAGUUCUUAAAUAAAAGAAUGACUUAAGGAUAAUAUUUUGGACCAUUUUAAGGCAUUUUAAGGUGUCAAGCUGCGUGGCAAAGAAAGUUAUAUGUUAAAACUGAGUUAUGUUACGUAAUAUUAUUUAAAGAGUCCCAGUUUUCAUUUUGGUUUGUUCGUUUUUGUUGAUUGUUUUUUUUUUAAUUUUGGACUGAAAAUUAAUGCUUUGUUACAGUUGCAGUUGUAAUUUUUUUUAUUAAUUCAUGCAGUUGUUUUGUUAACUACAGAUGUUUGUAUUUAUUGAUGGAAGGAGUGUCAUGAAAAGACAAGAUUAUGUAAGAGGUUAAGCAAUGCAAUUUGUCAUCUCAGGGCUUUUGAUUUCAUGAUACAAAACAUCCUCAUAUAUAUGUCGAUGAUAAUAAAGUAAAACUCUCUAGACAAUUUUAAAAAUUGAAUGAAAUGGAAGAGUUAAUGAUUGUUUAGAACAUGCUACUUCCUUAGAAUAAAAAGGAAACAAAGAGUGUUAAUCCAAGGUACAUCUACCAGAAACAAACAGCUGUUUGCAAAUGUCCACACCUAUUUCCGGAUGGGAGAAUGAUGCAAUCAUCAAUCAUGGAUAAAAGGAAUUGCAUACAUGAUAAAAAUGUUUUGGCGAUUUUUAUUGUGCCUCAUUGUUUAACUUUUCCCCGUGCUUAAUAGCUUGAGAGACUUGUUUUAACUCUUUAAGUUCCACAUACUAAUUCUCCAGACUGAUCUCCAUUUAUUUCCAUAAGAAGUAGUCAAGAGAAUUGGUUAAAUGAUCAUUUAGCAUUUUCCCUUUGGUGAUCAUUUUGUAAAUUCCUAUAGCCUUUUCUUGUGAUGCAGGUUCAGAAAAAAAAUUUGAACUUCAUUGGACAAGUGAGGUUCUAGUUGUAUAUGCCCAAAGCUCAGGUCUAGUUGUCCUUGCAUGUUGAGUUAAAUCUGAGUUCUAAUGAUGCAUGGUAAUGGAUAAGAAGCAUGAACCCAUUUAUUGUUGGAACGAACAGAUAAAACAUACAGCAUUUUAAGUGUCAACAAAGUAGUCAUGCAAGUAAUUGUAUGCUUAUAUACUUUGUUGUCAUUCACAUCGUGUACUACCCGGCAGAGGAAGUUUUCUUUCCUAGAUUCCUAAAACUUUCGAACUCGUACCGUUAGGCUGUCACAAUGUUUCUUUUAAUCACUCCAGUGUAUUCUGCGGAAGGAUUUCCUUUCCUUUCCACCAAAAUAGCCUGUAAUACUUCGCUGAGCCACCAUUGUGUACGAGGUAACAGUUACCAGGAGGGUCUAUUAUAAAUGCUAAAGUCCAUCCCCCCACGAGUCCCAUGCCCCUUUCAGAGCGCAAUGAAAUAAAAUGGAAGAUAGAUGGUAAGUCACCUGCAUCAGUGCUGUUCUCUUUUCAUUUCAAACUUGUAAGUUGCUUUUACGAAAAGCGACCUGUUUUAUGUUUCCAAAAACCUGGUUGUAUACUUUGUGUUUGCUGAAACAUAUUAAAAGCACCUUUUUAUUUAAAAUAUUUUCUGAGGAUUUACUUGUCCAAAGGACAAGUAAGGUUGAUGACCUGCUUGUCCACUGAUCAAAACCACUUGUCUGGGACAAGUAGACACUGUUUUUGUGUCAUCCUGUCAGGUGGUGUUAAUAUUGUAAGGAGAGAAUUGUUGCUGUUGUCCACUGAAGCCUUAUCGUCAUGUUUUCAUGUUUGCUUUAUACUGGAGAGGAAUACAGGAAACAGCUUUUUCAUUUAGGAAGUAAAAGUUCUGCAAAACUCAGGAUUUGCUCUGCUUGCAAUUAAAUUAUGAACCCACAGUAGAUUUCAGAGAUUUUAUAUUUUAUCCUUUGCUUGAGACUGAGCAAGUAAAUGUCUUGAUAAAGCUUAGUAGAACUUGUUGACCGAAGCAUAGAGUACCUUUUUUAGCAUGGAAAUAUAAAUUGCAGUCAAGCACAGUGAGAGUGAAAUUUUCUUCUGAAUGUUAUUACAUUUUUCCUUGUGUAUGUAGUUAGAUGACAGAAGAAAUUUGAUUUUGACCAACCCAUCUUUGUGUUCCUAUAACAUUUUCAUGUCAUCUGUGAUCUGUGACACAGACAUAUGACAUGUUUGGAACUUUUUUGUCAAUGCCUUCUCCUAGACAGUGCUGACAGUAAAAGAUUUCCAAAAACAUCAAUUUUCGUAAAUCGUAUGAUUUAAAAAGUACCAUGCAAAAUUUUUACGAAAGAGAUUUCAUUUAAAUGGUAACACACCUGUUAGAUUUAGUGUACAGAUGCAAAGUUUUGGAAUAACAAUUCAUCAUCUUAGUCUUAGUUAGUGAAAGGAUAAGUAGAUAUAAAUGCACUUUGAUUAAGUCUAAGGUAAUGCUGAGGUUUGUUUUUCUUAUCUUGUGCAUUCCUUAUUCAAAAUAGAAACAAGGAUUAUCUGUUAAUUUGUUGUUUUACUGCUAAGUCUGUCUGAUCUGCAAUAUCAUCAGUGAGUGUUAUGUCCAAAAUGUCAUUUUCCCACAAGAAAAUUUAGGAUCCAUUUUUAUUAAAUUAGGGUAAAAUUUCAGGAUAAGGUUCUUUGAUCUCAAAUCAGUGAACGGUUUUGGAAUUUUCAUUGAUUAUGCAUAGUUAUUUUGGUGAAAAGCUGAUGUAAAAGUUAAUUAGUCAACCUCUGAAGUCUUAAAAGUAGGAAUAUAUUACUUUUGUGGUAUUCCGUUACAUCACAUUAAUUGUCCCUGUUUCUCACUAACUUGGUACAUGCAAGGGCUGUCAUUGUUACCAGAGUUUGUUAUAUCAAUUAAUAUUAUUUGCUGUGAUGGUGGAUGGCUGCUAUUGUGGCUGCCAUGUCUUCCUUUUGUCCAUUCUUGGUGGAGCCUGAGCAUCAUGUAUAAUAAGUGUAUGUGCCUUCACAUUGGAAGCCACUUUCCUGCAUUUUGGAUUGAUGCAGAUGUUGUGCAGGGCUGUCAGAGGCGGGGUCCAGGGUUUUUCCCCAGCUACUAGGAAUGUGGCUCCAGGCUACUUUCAUUGGAAAAUAGAAGAAAAAUAUAACCAAAAGAAAUCCCAGCUGUUUCAUUCCCCACGUAGUUGUUGAAAUCUUAGUGACAUCCCUGUUGUGGCUCAGUUUUAUCCUCGGUUUAAAUUUUGUUUUCCUUUGUUUCAAACUCAUUAUCAUACAUUACCACACCCCAAAACAAAGGAAAAUAAAAUGUAAACCAAAUAUAAAAUUGAACUACAACACACCUGUCAGCAAAGUGUCCCCAUUUUUUCUAAGCAGAGUGAAUGAGAAUUAAUGACCACUGCGAGUGAACUUGAAUGAUCAUAGCCUGAGAAUACACCUGACAUGUUGGCAACAUCACUAGUUCCCUCACGAAAUGAGAUCUACUCUGAGAAAUAAUAGCAGAUAAUCCAUACUGCUGACGUGUCACUUCCCACAUCUCUGUAGUGCUUCCAAUUGGUUGUUUUUCCUUCCUACUACUUUAUUAUGGAAGUUGUAAAACUCAAUGUCAAGGUUAUUAUGGUUGAUUGAUAUAUUUUCAUUUUGUAGGUGCUACUGGAGCUGAGGGCCCAAAAGGUUAGAAAUUGAUUGCACUGUGUACAUUAUUAGGGAAUGUUUAGAACUCUUGAUUGCAUUAAAAGAUACUGAGCAACACCAGUAUUUUCCAUCAGAGGUAUCGUUUUUAUGUCAUACAUCAGGUGACUUUAACUCUUGAUUCUGUGAAUAAAAUUUUUAGUGAGACAUACCUAAGCGAGGAACUUUUUGCCAUUUGGCUGGUCACUUCGUCAACAUUAUGUAAGAGAGGUUUCAUAAAAUUUUUGAAGAUUGUCAGCAGCUGUAACCAGAGCCCACAAUCGUAAUCUCCAGGUUGCUUUUACACAUGUGCAGCAAGUAUGUAGCAGCAGCAUUUACUCGCGCGAGUUUUGAAUUUCUUUCAUGUGAAACUUGCUUGGAGCAUAGCAUUGGAGCCAGAGCGUUUUGACUUAGUGGGCACUCCUAACCUUUGGUUAUUACUAGUCAUAUCAGUUAAUGUUCUGUGCACCUUGAUCUUCUUGUCUUCAGGAAAGAGAGGACCGGUGGGUCCGCAAGGCCCACAAGGCCCGCCAGGACCCAUGGGUAACCCUGGUGAGUACUGGUUAAUGAUUCUUUUUAGCUCACAAAAUUCUCACAGAAAAGAUCAGUUUGAAGUCCUUGCUACAAUCCUGGACAUAAGUCCUUGGAACAGUGAUAUUUGUAAUCAUCUCUUUAUUUCUCAUGAUGCCCUUAUUAACAGUGCAACCUUGUUCGAAAAUACCUUGCUCCAUCUUAUUUGUUGAAAUGGGGAAAAAUUCUGGAUACAUGCAUCCAACAUUAAUCAUGGUGUGAGGGGAGGGGUUGGGCAGGUGUGAUUUAAAAGGCACUACAAAAGCAAAUUGGUCCCAUUACUUUAGUCCAAGACUGUAUUACGUAUAUAAGAUUGAUGCAUCAUUUUAUCUUAUUUUUUGCUAAUAUAAAACCUGUUGAUGAAAGGGCAAUUUCGUGCCAUAAUAUGUUGUAAGUUAACACUGCAGAAAUCAAAAAAAGGAGAUUUGCAAGAAUUGAAAAAUGGGGGCUCUCUUCCAAGAAGGGGUCGAACACUUACGUUAGGAUAGGAAAUUAAUUUUGGUCCAUGCAAAUUCUAAAUUACAAUAUGUGUAGUUCCGUGUUGUUCUAAGUAACACAUUUCAUAGAGUGGACAUACAGAUCUUGCGUAAAGUGGUCGACACCUUCAAGAGGUUAAAAAGUUCAGCCCUAAAAAGUUGUUGUGGUCACUUAAGGAGGUGGUCUUUUACGAGUGGUUCCAACUGUAAGGUAAGGGGAGGGGGGAGGGGUGCGGUCAUCCAGACCCUGAGAAAAGGGGGGGCAGUCUCCCAAAAAAUUUUUUUUUGGCCCUUUGAGCCUCAGUUUGGUCUAAAAAUAGGGGGGGUGCCCCCGGGCCCAUCCCCUGGAUCUGCCACUGGACUGGGAUAAUUUACUGUAUUUAAACUCAUUUGUUUUCUGUUUCCUCUAAGGUAACCAUGGGAUGCAGGGUCAUCCAGGAGCGCGAGGUAUAGGAAAAAGCUUCUGUUAUUCUUACUGACUAAAAGAAUUAAUACAUUAACUAUUGAUUGAUAUUAUUGGCCACUUGUGUGGAAUUAUCUGACUUGUACCACUUGUGUCGUCAUGAAAAACAAAAAAUAAAAGUCAAGGAGCAAUGGGCAAAAAAGAAUCGAAAUUGCCCUGUUUGUUUAUACCCAACCUUCGGAAGUUACAAUUUGUCACCAGAAACAAAAUCCAUAGGUGUACAUGGCUUAUAAUAAACAAUAUUUUGAACACCUUUUUUUGGUUCUCCUUUUUUGGGGGGGGAGGGGGGGUGGGAGGGUGAGAGGGUGAGGACAGGGAAGAGUGGGGACAGGGUAGGACAGGGGAGAGGGUGUUAGAGGCAGAGGUGACCCAAUUUGCUUGUACCAUGUCCUUCAUCCUUCUCAUUAUUAGGCAUAUUUUUCAUGUCUUUUCCAUUUACUUUUUUUUGUGUUCUUAAAAAUUUAAUGAAAAGUAUUAUAUUUGUUCCUUUGUUUUGCCCGCAUCACUGAGUGUUUCCCCUUUGUAGUUCAACAAAACAAGGAAGAGAUUAAAAGCUAGAGAUUGUUCUUAGAGCAAAAUACAGAUUGCAAGCAAAAUGUAAAGGAAAAAUCAGCAAAUAAAUCUACUUACCCCUUUACCUUGAAUCAGUAGUCAAAUAUUGAUACUUGUGGCCAUGUCUUUCUUGCAGGUGUACCUGGCCCAAAAGGAGAUAGAGGCCCCAAAGGUGAUCCUGGGAUUGCCAUAAAGGGAGACCAAGGUAACAUACAUGUACAUCAAAGGUUCAAGUUUACAGGUGAAUGGUGUCAGUCGGUUAGCAAGGGUCGUGCAGUGGAGAGAGCACUUUAUUUCCCUUUAAGUGGCUUGGUCUCAAUUUAUGGAGACGACACCUUAUGUUGGUCAAGUUUGUUGUUGGUUCUUGUUAUUUUCCUCCCAGUAUUCUGGUUUUUACCUCCCCUCAAAUAGCAAUAUUUCAUUCAUCAUGCAAAUUCUACUUAGAUCAGGGAUAUGGUAGAUGAAUAGCCACUCUGUUGUCUUUUUUCCAUCAAAAUCAAUUUAGACUCUCCAUUUAUAACUUUAAGGUUCACAAGGCAUGGUCUCUGUGACAUGGUCUUGAAAGCCCAAGAAUAGCCUAAAGCAGGGUUGUCAGGAAGUUUUGAGGUAAACGGCUGAGUUGUCAAAGUAAGCGGCCAGUCCAGGGAUAUUUUAUUUAAAAAACGCCAUCCGUAAAGAAAUGCCUAGCAGAGUAGCCGGCCAAUACUAACCAAGUAGACCGUGAUUUUCACCGGCAGCGGGCUACUUUUGACAACCCUGCUGUAGGUUUUGCAAUCUUGUGAUCGACAUGAGGAGUGUCUCUCUCAUCCUUUACUUUAGUUUGCAACAUUUUUGUGCUUGGUUUUAGGUAUCCAAGGUUUGCCUGGUAAAAGAGGUCCCGAGGGGAAGCCAGGUGAUCAGGGGCCAAGAGGGGAAAGAGGAGAAAGAGGGCCUAAGGGAGAGAAAGGGGAUAUGGGCUCACUAGAGGUAAGAGACAGACACUAACAGUUAGCUUAAAUUCAUUAUGGGCGAAUUUUUGCUGAUGUCAUUGUUUACAUUUUUCCUCAUUAGCACACGACUUAACUCAGCAAUACCGUGUCCAUAUAUACGGACUAAAUUCAAAAGUUGAAAGAGCCACUUGUGCAAUUUUCAGCUUACACUGCACGAAAAAUUAGAUUUUCACAAAUUUGUUUGGGGCAAAUGUGGUGCAAAAAAGUGCAAAAGAUGAGGAAGAUGGUAAAUACUGCAUUUGCUUACCAGUUUUUAUGAAGUUGUAAAUUCAAGGGCAAAUGUGGUAAUUACCAUCUUUGUCAUUGAUUUAACCGUAGUUUGCACUUUUUUGCACCAUAUUUGCAAUGAGUCAAUUUAGUGUAGAUCAAAUUUUUUGUGCAGUGUUACUGCAAGCAAUAUGAAAGGAAAUAUCACCCAUCUAAAACUGCGAAAUUGCUGGGUGGCAAAAAAGUUAAUGAGCCAUACAUUCUUUGUAAAAUGUCUAGUUUUAAAAGAGAAUUUCUCCGAAACCAUUCAGUAUAUCGGGCUCAAAUUUUCAGAGAUAACUGAAAUGCUCUUUCAAUAUUCAGAGGUUUUAUUUUAUUAGCUUCAUCAGAUAAUGGUGAUCAUAUGUUAAUGAGGCAGAAAAUAUAAACAAAGAUUCGCCUGUAACCAACAAUAGGCAUGGAACACAAUCAAAUGAGUGUCUCGGGUAAAGAGCCUUGUGACUUUAGAUUAACGAUGAACCUCUAGAUUCUCCUUUCAAGUUGCCCUAUGUUUGCUUGUUAAAAGGGGGAGAAUUUGACUCAAGGUUUGAGAGUCAUUAAGGGUCUGUUGAUUAGCAUGACACCGUUCUCUGGGAAAUGUCAGAUCAUAGCUGUUUCGGGAGGGGGAGGUGAAUGGGUAAAUAUCUUGGUCCAUGUUAGAGGAAAUUAUUCAUGUACAAAUGCACACAGCAAUUUACCGGCAACUUUGGCCUGUAAUUCAGGAUGGAUAUUGGGAGUCUACACCCUCUUAAAUAAACACUCGUGCAUGUACUCUAGUUGACUCAUCAUCAAUUUUUCCUAAAUCGUCUAUUGGGAUUUGCUACCUAGAAAUGCUGCAGUUUUUACUGUAUGACAUCUGCUGUUUUCUUUAUAUUGUUGCUUUUGUUUUCAGUCUAUAGUGAGACCUUCCGCCCAUAUCACUGGGCACAGCAGAUACACCCAAAACUCUCCAAGAUCAGGUAAGAUUUCCUUUUAAAAAUAUCAGCAUCUUCUUGUCUUCUGCUUAGCUUGUUGUAUUGUUUUGGUGAAUGAUUAAAUGCUGCUGGUCACAAUAAUUUAAAAAGUGAUACCAAAAGUUAAUUCAGAUGUUCCUGUCCAAAGCGGUAUAAAGUUACAGUCGAACAGGGCUUGUUUAAUAAACAGUGUAACAGGACAUAGAAGAGAUAUCUUUGGAAGUCAUUUCUUUAAUUUUUAUCAUCUAAAUAGGCCAUAAAAUGUACAUUCAGGUGACUGGAAAUUGCUCAUAAGAUUUGCUGGUAAAAUUACUUUAAAGAUUUUCUAGCCUUUACAAAAUAAUGAGGCAUUUUGAAGACAUUUUCGUACCUAUCAAUAUGACAACUUUUUUUAACACUUCGGAGCAGAGGGCCUCAACCAAAGUGGUUGACACUUUGGUUUCUGUGCUCUCUCUUUUGACAGGCUUUUUAACUGGUUGGAGAGCUCCACUGCUCCGAGGGGGGAUGUUAUUUGGACGAGGACGUCUCACAGUCCCUAAACCAGGAGUGUAUUUUGUUUAUAGUCAAAUUUAUUAUACAACUAGCUCUGCUAAAAGCUUGUCUUACUAUGUUUGUGUAAAUGGCUUUGUCAAGACUAUGGGUAUUCACCCUGGAAACCGGUCUUUUUAUACCAUCUCUCAUGGUUUCUUGGUGUUGUUGAAUGCUUCGGAUGUUAUAACUGUUAAGCUUGGCCACAAUGAUUUCAGCGCUAAUCUUAUAGAAAAGGGAAGUUUUUUUGGAGCUUUUUUAAUAUGAAACUGUAUCCAUAAAAAAAGCUUUGCGUAAACCGUUUUUUAUUCUUUUGUCGUUGUUACAUUAGUUAGGAUAUAAAGAUGCCAGAAAAACCAUUUUAAGUGCAUUCAUAUUUGUAAAAACUCGAUCCAAAUGUGUGCUACUUCAAGGGAAAUUAUAGCUCAGAGUAGGACAAAAAUUUAAAAAGUAAACAGUAAGGUCAUAUGAAUAGCUCAUAGUAAGGCAAAUAUUUUUUUCAAAUUUAUAUUUAGAGCUGUGUUGUGAAAAUUACAGUGAAAGUAAAAGAAAUCAUUAAAUUAUUAUUUUUUGACAAAGGUUUUUGUAGAAAAACUUGGUGCAUAUGGCACACUAAAUAUAGGAUACAUUGUACUGGUGCUCUAGAGAAAAAAGGGGGUGUACAAACAACGACAUAAGUUAAAACUAAUGAUUUAUUUUAGCAAUUAGUGAAUGAGGCUGAGUAGGAUAUGAAGAAUUAUGCAGAUUGAGGAGGGUGUUAUUGGCCAAGGUGGACAACACCAUCCAAGAUCAACAUAAUUCUUUAUAUCCUACGAAAGCUGAAUUUAUUAAUUGCUUUAUUAUUCAUUCAAAAUAAUUCCUAAUUUAAAAACAAGCUUAAACAAGCUUAAACAUGCUUACCUUCGUGGAUGUUAAGUUCACCUUGAUAGUGCAUGUUUAGAAGAGUAAGGGCCGUGCUGGUCUGCAAAUAUACUCCAAAUAGCAGAUGUUGUCGGUCGAGUUGUCUUCUUGCUAUGUUUUUAGACAAUGGUUCAUUUCGUGAAACGAGUAAAAUGUUCCGCUGACUGUUCGGCCAUUUUUCUUUUCACAACCAAAACUCAUGCAACCUCGUCCCCAGGUCUUUUCGGUUAACAGUGCACUAACUUGCAACUGUGCUCCACUUUUGACGUCAUCGGUUCAUUAAUCGCAGAAUUCCUUUAAACUUGGUCAACAGUAGCUGGUCAUGGUGAAUUACAACUAGUAAAUGCAUGUGCUUUUAGCCAAUCAGAAAUGGAGAAAUAUUUUGAAUGAAUAAUGAUGUAAAUUAAUACUGUCUUAAAUGAACACAGGGGUUAUUAACUUAUCUAUUGAAGGGGAUUCAUCAUAAAAUGAUGAUAUAUAAAAACAAUAUGAUUAAUUUUUGCUAUAAUAAUAGUUAUUAAUGAAUGUAAAAAUUUUUUUAAGUUAUUGAAGAUCAGUUAUUUUUUAUGAUUAAAUAUUUUGAAGAAAAUUUUAUACACCAAUUAAUUUGUGGCAACUAAUAGCUAGAUGAAAGAUGUAUUAAGAGUAUGUAAAAGUUUCUUCUGGAAUACUGGUUUUUUGAAAUGUAAAUGCUGUAGAAUAUCUUUAGUAUAUAAUGAUAUAGUAAUUCUUGGUGUGAAGUUAAUAAUAUUAUAUGGUAAAGCAAAACACAGUUUUUUUUCCUAUUUCUUAUGCCUGAAGUAUUCUAAGUAAGACCCCUUCCAAUUAUUGAACAAUAUGACUUAAGUGAGGAGGUCUGAUGUGCCUAUCUUGCGAUUGUAUGGUUCCGUCACAUUGUUGCUCACCGUGCAGUUCUAACCCAGGGCUUUCACUAAUGUUUCAAGUUGCCGGCUAUAUGCAAUAAGUCGGUGGGGCAUUGAACAGCUUGGAAGUUCUUUCUUUUUUUGCUUCCUUUGAAAGUAACCAGGGGUCAUGCUCAUUGUAACCAAGGGAAAAUCCCUAGCCCCCAGCUCUUAGUUACAGUGGUGGAUGGUAGUGACAUAUUGCAGAGAGGAACCUAAUAAUAGACUGACAGCCCAUCUUGGAGUGGGGCCAGAAGGAGUUGCAUAGCAGUGAUACCCUUACAUUCUUCAUGAUACAUGUACGAAGACCAGGAUAAGCGCUCUCUCUCUAAGUUACAAGUGUAGAUGGCCACACUUGUAAAGUACAUGUACGUUUGUAAAAGUUUUAUGAAAUUGGCUUACAUGUACCGGUAUACUGUGUGAGGCUCAAUGCUUAAAUGUAUACUUAGGUGUAUGUUUUAAUACUCAUAAGUUGAGUUAAAAUGCACAGGCAGAUAUUUGUACCAUUCACAAGAAUUGUUUGUUCCAGGAAUUCUCAGAGACUGGGAAAACAGCUAUGGGCUUGCCCAUUCAUCUGGUGGCAUGCAAUAUGAAAAUGGUGAGCUGGUCAUCCCGACAACUGGACGGUACUACGUGUAUAGCCAGCUGUACUUUCAAGUGCAGGACAAUUCAAAAAAUUAUAUGAUACACUUGGUGCAGCGAAAUAGAACUGGAACUCUGGAAGUAAUGAUGAGAAGUAUCGCAUCAAGGUACAGGAAAGCACAGACAUUCUUGUUCAGUAGUUAUCAAGGUGGCGUAUUUGAGCUGCAAAGUGGAGACCAUCUUUUGAUUGCCGUGUCAGAGGACAGUACACAUCAAAUAUCAACCUAUGGGUCUGCAACCUUCUUUGGAGCCUUCUUGGUAUAA